AAUUAUUGUCAUCUUGACUGAACAACCAAAACAUGACGAGUGUGUUUUGUGUUGGUUUUGCUACAGUUUCUUGAAAAGCUCAACAAGACUAGUUCAAAUAUAAAACCUGACGCCUUUAUCCUUGCAGUCAUAAGUCAGAAAAAGAAAUGGCUACCGAUCCGCUGUUUGGUUGGGACUUAACAUUUAAAACAAUAGAAAAAGAUGUAAAACGAAAAUCUGAUAUUGUUGUUGCUUUUAUUCACUUCAAUUUGACGAAAAGAGGUUUUCGAAGUAUUGGAAUUGGGGAUGAGCGUACAUUAACUGGUGAUGAAGAGUCAAGUGAACUGCUGCCAACAAGCUGGAAUGAUGCUGAGUACUACACCCUGAGAUAUGUCCUUCAGUCCAAACUUUACAUACUGCAUGGGUUGAAUUCUGAUGGCAAUCUGAUCGUCAAUCUGAUGAGGUCUGAAGAUUUAGCAGUAUCAAACAUUGCGGUGAAGAUUGAAGACACAGUGCAAGCUUUAAAUGGAUCUAUAGACAAGAUGAUACCAGGACACAAAGAGUUCAUGUAUAACAUCAAAAGAGAUCUCAUUGAUACAGUCACUGAGAAACCAACCACCUCUUCUGAAACUCAGACCAGGACUGAUGAAAGAAGGCCGCCGGAAGAUCCAUUGCGAGUACCACCAAGACCAAGGCCCAGUGCUGACCCUGAAACUGAUGAUUUGUGGGGUUUGCCACCGAAUCUGCGCAACAUAGGACGCUCAGACUUAGACCCGUUCGCACCUGGAGGCGGCGGAAUGAUUUUCAACCCGUUCGGACCUCGCAGAGAUAUUGAGAACCCGGGCUUAGGAGUGCCAGGAGGUUUACCGAGAGGUGCAGUGCCACCUGGUGCACGUUUCGAUCCGUUCGGCCCGCCUGGCGUGCCCAUGCCCGGUAGGCGACCACCGCCUCCUGACGCCGAUCACCUGCCGCCCCCUGGCUUCGAUGACAGCAUGUUUAUGUAGCAUGUAUUCAGCUAAGUUCAUUAAAUGAGCUGUUAAAUAUAUAAAGUUUAUCUGCAGACUGUAUCUCUGUCGUUUUAUAUCCAAAAUUAAUUCAAUUAAACAUAAAUCAUUUUAA